UAUGAAUUUAUCUGUAUCCGUCUGUCAUAUCUGUGAGCUUAGGACCCCACUCUGCGCCAACCAGCGGCGCCAUUUAGUCUUUACUUGGAUUCCAAGCUCACCCACCUCCCUCUCUCUUUCACUCUCUCUCUCACUAAAUAUUCACUCUACUUUCACCUUCUUUUCUAUUCUUUUCUCUUCUCUUUUCUUUGCAAUUCACAUACAACAAACCAUGUUCUCAAACUUUCAACAUAACAACCUUUUUCAACCUUCUCGUGAAUGCCAAACCUCUGAAGAUGAUGAUGCCCGAAGCAGCGGUGGGCCCAAUCCAAUAACUACCCAAAAUCCUUUUUCCGGAAGAAGCGCCGCUAGUGACGGGGCUUCUAUUGAAAUUGGACGCAGGCCCAGAGGCCGUCCACCUGGAUCCAAAAACAAACCCAAAUCCCCACUCAUAAUUACUAACGACCCCGAGCCCGCGAUGAGCCCACACAUUCUAGAAAUCCCUGGAGGAAGCGAUCUUGUCGAGUCAAUAGCCCGGUUCAGUAACCGAAGAAAUACCGGUUUAUGUGUAUUAACCGGUUCAGGAACAGUCGUUAACGUUACCCUCCGUCAACCUUCAGCACCUCUCGGCACCACCGUUACUUUUACCGGCCGUUUCAAUAUCCUCACCAUAUCCGCCACCUUCUUCCCGUCAUCGGAAUCCUCGCCGCCGAUGCCUAAAGAAUUUUCCAUCUCCCUCGCCGGACCUCAGGGUCAGAUCAUCGGAGGAUUCGUCGUUGGGCGGUUGGUCGCCGCCGGUACGGUGUUUGUAAUAGCUGCUUCGUUUAACAAUCCGUCUUAUCAUAGGCUGCCUUUGGAAGAAGACGUGCGGAGUAAGUCGGUCUCUGGUGGUGAUGGACAGUCGCCGUCGCUCUCCGGUGGGGAGUCGUGUAUGUAUAGCUGUCAGCUUCCUUCGGAUGUGAUUUGGGCUCCAACGGCAAGAACACCUUUCUGAUAUAAUACAUAAUAUAUUAGUUAUCACUUUUUCUUGCUAUUUAUCAAUUAUGGCUGCUUUUUCUUUCUUCUUGAUUUGUACUCUAAACACUGCCUUUUCCUAAGAUUUUUUAUUUAAGUAGUUAA